AUGGCUGACACUGGAUUUGUUCCCUUGCCACAAGGUGCUGGUUACGCCGUUGUCUUGGGACUCGGUGCAGUUUUCGCAUUUGGUAUGAUGUUGACUACCUAUUUAUUGAAACGAUACAACAAGGAAAUCAUCACCGCAGAGGAGUUUGCUACAGCAGGUAGAUCGGUCAAGUCUGGGUUGAUUAGUGCUGCCGUUGUCUCUUCAUGGACAUGGGCUGCCACUUUAUUGACUUCCACCACCCAAGUUUACAAAAACGGUAUCUUUGGUUCUUGUUCGUAUGCGUUUGGAGCCACCGUUCAAAUUACGUUGUUUGCUUCGUUGGCAAUCAAGGCCAAAGAGAGAGCACCUUCAGCUAGAACCUACUUGGAGAUUGUUCGUGCCCGGUACGGCACUGUAACCCACAUGAUUUAUAUAUUUUGGGGUCUUGCCACCAACAUCUUGGUGACUGCCAUGUUGUUGACGGGAGGCUCGGCCACCAUUUGCGACUUGACCGGAAUGCACCCAGUGGCUGCGUGUUUGCUCGUGGGGCUCUCGCCCACGGUUUACUCGGUCUUUGGUGGUCUUAAGGCUACUAUUCUCACCGAUUACGCCCACACCGUGAUUAUGCUUAUUGUCAUUUUGAUUUUCGGUUUCAGUACGUGGGCCACUAACCACAAGUUGGGCUCAGCCUCGGUUGUUUGGGACUUGAUUAAACAAGUUGGUGAAACUAGACCAGUUGAAGGUAACCACAAUGGCUCAUACUUGACUUUCCACUCGAGAUCAGGCGGUAUCUUUUUCGUCAUCAACAUUGUUGGUAACUUUGGUACUGUGUUUUUGGACAAUGGUUAUUUCAACAAGGCCUUUGCCGCUGACCCAAAAUCAGCUUACAAGGGUUACAUUCUUGGAUCGUUGGCCUGGUUGCCUAUCCCCGCUUUCUGCUCAUUGACCAUGGGGUUUGCCGCUUUGGCUUUGGAGCAAACUGAAUAUUGGCCAUUGGGAAGAGCCAUGACUGCCGAUGAAGUUGCCAAAGGAUUGGUGUUGCCCAACGCGAGUACCGCGUUGUUGGGUAAAGGAGGUGCCGUUCUCAGUUUGGUUAUGAUUUACAUGGCUGUCACCAGUGCCAUGUCGUCGGAAUUGAUUGCCGUGUCCACCAUUUGCACUUAUGAUAUCUACAGAACUUAUAUCAACCCCAAUGCCACGGGUAAAAAAUUGAUUUGGAUCUCGCACUUGUCGUGUGGUGCUUUUGCUUACAUCAUGGCUGGUUUUGCCAUUGGUCUCUACUAUGCCAAUGUUUCCAUGGGAUUCCUUUACGAGUUGAUGGGUAUCAUAAUUGGUGGCGCUGUUUUGUCUUCGGCAAUGACCAUCUUGUCAAGCAAGCAAAACUGGUACUCGGCCACAUUCACCCCGCCAAUUGCUACUGGUUUGGCCAUUAUGUCGUGGUUGGUCUGCACCAAGACCAAAUUCGGAGCAAUCACCUAUGCAAACUUGUUUGAAGACGAUGCCAUGUUGACUGGUAAUGUUGUUGCGUUAUUGUUCCCCUUGAUCACGGUGCCCUUGUUUACUUUUGUUUUCAAGCCACAAAACUUUGACUGGAAAUUAUUGGAGACUAGAAUCACUAAAGUCAGCGAAGAGGAAGAAUUGAGAGAAGCUGAAGGUGCCGGUGAAGAUUCCGAGUCUCCCGACCCCGAGAAGCUUGAGCCCGUCAAGUCGCCCAUUUCAGUUAUUGCUAGUCAAUUGGUUGAUGACGCCGAAAGAGAGAGAUACUCUGCUGAGCAAAUCCAGCUUAGAAAAGCCUUUAAGAGAACUGUUCUCGUGUGUGUUUCCUUGACCGUGGCUCUUCUUGUUGUUUGGCCAAUGCCAUUGUACGGUUCCAAAUACAUCUUUUCGAGACAUUUCUUUAUUGGAUGGGUUGUGGUGUUUUUCAUUUGGAUCUGGUACACUGUGUUCCAAGUUGGCAUUUACCCAGUUUGGGAAGGCAGAAAGAGCUUGGCCCACGCCAUGAGAGGCAUAUACUGGGACUGCACGGGCCAGACUUGGAAGUUGAGAGCCUGGCAAAACGCUCACCCCGAGGAAAUGCAUGCUGUUCAAUCACAAAUCAGAGCGCAAUUGUCAGCUCCGCAGGUGGUUGAUGGUCAAUAUGUUCAUCACAUUGAUGACGCUAUUUCUGAAGAGAAGAGCUGA